AUGUGCAGCGGCCACACCCUGGCCAAUGGUUUCGACAGGCCGGCCAAACCAGAUGAGUCAAGCCGCGGCUCGCAGUUCAACCCAAUCUGCAGCCGAAACCAAAAGAAAAAUUUGAGAAAACUUACCAUUGGUGUAUGGAAUGUUUGUACCCUCAUGGAUCGAGAAGCUGUUGCAAGACUCGAGAGAAGGACAGCCCUCAUUGCUCAAGAACUAGUCUGUUAUAACAUCGAUAUAGCGGCAUUAAGUGAAACAAGAUUGCCUGGGGAAGGUUUCUUGAGUGAACCAGGAGGUGGUUACAUCUUCUUUUGGAAGGGUAAGACUGCAACAGAGGAUAGAAUACACGGAGUUGGUCAGGCAAUAAAAACCUUAUUGAUGCAUCAACUCCCAGACCUUCCAGUGGGUAUCAAUGAAAGAUUUCUGAAGCUACGCUUCCCACUAAAUGCCAAACAUCAUGUCACCAUCAUCAGUGCAUAUGCACCCACUUUAACAUGCUCUGACAUCUCAAAGGAACAAUUAUAUGAAGAUCUCGACAGACUGAUCAAGGCCACACCUGUAACAGAUAAACUACUCCUUCUUGGAGAUUUCAAUGCCCAAGUCGGGGCUGACAGUGAGAACUGGAAAGGAGUAAUCGGGCCACAUGAUGUAGGCAAAAUGAACAGUAAUGGACUUCUUCUUUUGAGUCUUUGUUCUGAAAAUGACCUGACCAACGCUCUGUUCCGACAAGUGGACAAAUACAAAAUGACGUGGAUGCACCCUAGGUCCAAACAGUGGCAUCUGAUAGAUUAUGCCAUUGUUAGAAGGCGAGACAUCCGAGACGUACUGAUUACCAGAGUAAUGCGAGGAGCAGAGUGCUGGACAGAUCUCAGAUUAGUCAGGACGUCUCUUCAACUCUACAUCGUUCCUUCUCGGCACAAAUGCCCUAAGCAUAAGAGUCUUGAUGACAAACUGACAUCCCACGGACAACUGAUCGGUACUGUAACCGAAAAGUGGGACCAGUUCAAGCAUAUAGUGACUGACACAGCAAUAACAUCUCUUGGACCAAAGAAAAGAACACAUCAGAAUUGGUUUGAUGAGAACCAAGAAGGAAUAUGCUCAGCACUGGAAGUAAAGAGAAAAGCCUUUAUCGAAUGGCAGAAUGACCCCUCCUCAGUCUCUAAACUGGACCAUUUCAAGUACCUUCAGAGCAAAACACAGAAAGACAUCCGUCAGAUACAAGACAACUGGUGGGAGAGCAAAGCCAAAGAAAUUGAGCACUAUGCUGAAACCCACAACUUAAAGAUGUUCUUUAGUGCUAUUAAGACUGUCUAUGGACCCUUUAAACCAAGGACCACCCCAUUUCUCUCAUUAGACAACACAAUGCUGAUUAAAGAUAAAGAAAGCAUCAACAAAAGAUGGCGAGAACACUUUAGCAACCUUCUCAAUAGACCAUCAACUGUGAAUAAUAAUGUCCUUAAUGAAAUUCCAGAACAACCUGCUCUGACAGAUCUUGACUUUCCGCCCACUAUAUAUGAGAUUAAGAAAGCUGUUAGCCAGAUGAGUUCAGGGAAAGCUCCUGGAAAAGAUGGGAUACCAGCAGAGAUAUAUAAAGCAGCAGGUCAAGCAGCACUAGCAGCAUCUGACAAAGGUUUGAUACCUUUCAACAGGGAAGCCCUUUGGACCAUUCUAACACGAUUUGGCUGCCCAAGAAAAUGUGUCCAGAUUAUACGCCUUUUUCAUGAUAGCAUGACAGGUGAAGUAUUGUCUGAUGGAGCCACAUCAGCCCCCUUGAACAUCACCAACAGUGUGAAACAAGGAUGUGUUCUCGCUCCUGUCCUAUUUAACCUGUUCUUUGCAUGUGUCCUUAACCAUGCACUGAAAGAUUUGGACCGAGGUAUAUACUUGAAAUAUCGGCACGAUGGUUCACUUUUUGACUUAUGUUGCCUGAAUGCAAAGACUAAGACAGUGCAGAAACUCCUUCUUGAGGCACUCUUUGCUGACGACUGUGCCCUCAUGGCUUACACUGAAAAUGAUCUUCAGAACAUUGUCAACAAGUUUGCUGAGGCCUCGCAACUUUUCGGACUAACUAUCAGCCUCGGAAAGACAGAAGUUCUCCAUCAACCUGCACCUGGAUCAAAUGCUUCUGUCCCAAAUAUCUCCAUUGACGGCACUCAGCUGAAAGUAGUGGAGAACUUUAAAUAUCUGGGUAGUGUCAUAUCCAGUGAUGGAUCACUGAAUAAUGAGAUCAAUGCACGAAUAUCCAAAGCAAGCCAGGCACUUGGCUGUCUGCAUGUCAAAGUUUUAAAUCACCACAACAUCCGGAUGUCAACAAAACUGCUUGUGUACAGAGCUGUUGUUCUUUCAUCUCUUUUGUAUGGGUGUGAAACAUGGACACUAUAUAGGCAUCACAUCAAGCAGCUCAAAGCAUUUUGCAUGCGCUGCCUCCGCAACAUCAUGAAGAUCUGCUGGCAAGACAAAGUGCCCAAUCUUGAGGUCCUCGAG